AUGGGCUCGUUCGUAGAUCGGGACAACGUCUCGAUAGCGAUAACAGGCCUGUCUUGCAGAUUCCCAGGCGAUGGCGAGAACCCGCAGGUGUUCUGGGACGCAAUAUGCAGCGGCAAAUCCGCAUGGUCCGAAGUCCCAGCUUCUCGCUGGAACGGCGACAGUUUCUGGUCCGCGAGUAAACAACGUAACAAAGCCAUCACCAAGAGCGGUCACUUCAUUAAACAGGAUGUGUCCAAAUUUGACGCCACUUUCUUUGGCAUUUCUUCAGCCGAGGCGGCUGCCAUGGACCCGCAGCACCGCCUCAUGACCGAGGUGGCCUACGAAGCGGUUGAGUCGGCCGGCUUGACACUCAAGGAGCUUCAGGGGUCCCGAACCGGCGUUUGGAUGGGUCAUUUCACAUCCGACUACAAGGAAAUGCUCUACCGCGAUUCCGACGGCGCCCCGCCGUACGCGGCCACGAGUCUGCAGAAGACGAGCCUGGCGAACCGCAUCAGCUGGUUGUGGGACUUGCGCGGGCCGAGCUUUACUCUCGACACGGCGUGUAGCUCGUCCUUGGUUGCCUUGCACUUGGCCUGCCAGAGUUUGCGGACGGGCGAGAGCGACAUGGCUAUCGUCGGUGGUAGCAAUCUGAUGUUGGGGCCUGAAGUAUUUAUCUUCUUCGGCGGACAAGGCUUCCUUUCUCCGGACGGCAAGUCAAAAUCAUUCGACAUCUCCGCGGAUGGCUACGGCCGUGGAGAGGGUUUUGCCGCCGUGGUCUUGAAGCGCGCCGACGACGCCAUCCGGGACAAUGAUCCGAUGCGUGCUGUUAUCCGCGGAACGGCAUCUAAUCAGGACGGCCACACGAAAGGCUUUACGCUGCCUGAUUCUGGAGCCCAAACGAGGCUCAUCAAGGAGGUCUAUGCACAGGCGAGGCUAGGAUUUGAGGGAACAGGUUACGUAGAAGCUCACGGAACCGGAACACAGGCGGGAGACGUCGAGGAGACGCUCGCUCUGUCUCAAACACUGUCGUCGUCUCACUCCGCAGCCAACAAGCUCCUGCUAGGAUCCGUCAAGUCGAACAUUGGCCACUUGGAAGCGGCCGCCGGUCUGGCUGCGGUGAUCAAAUCGGUCCUGAUUCUCGAGCAUGGCAUGAUUCCACCCAACAUCCACCUGCAAACCCCAAACCCAAAAAUCCCCUUUGAAGACUGGAAUCUCAAAGUACCCACGUGUCUCACACCGUUUCCAGCCAACAAGGACAAGGACGGAGUAAGGCGCAUCAGCGUUAACUCAUUUGGCUACGGUGGGACGAAUGCCCACGCAAUUCUUGACGACGCCGCGUCCUAUCUCAAGUCGCGAGCCGUCGCUAAUGGGCUACACUUCACGAAAACCAUCGGAGGACGGCGUGAACUCACUACUACGAGUCGUGGGUCAUCCGACAGCGCGGCCGUGGGAUCGGGUAAAAUCAAGCGCCUCUAUCCCAUCACCUCACAAGAUCGCAACGGGCUUUUGCGUGCCAAGAAAGCCCUUGCAUCGUAUCUCAAGUCGUCGUACUUCACAUCCCUGCCCGAGGAUCAGCAAAUAAACUUCCUUCAGGACGUUGCCUUCACCCUGAGCAAAAAGCGGACUUUUUUUCAGUGGAAAUCGUACGUCAUCGCGCCCUCUUCGUCAAUACAAGACUUUGCGCGAGCCCUGGAGAAGAAAGACGCUUCGGUUGCAGAGACGCUCAGUUCACGCACGCCCAGGCUGGGUUUUGUCUUCACCGGCCAGGGUGCGCAGUGGCCGGCCAUGGGCAUGGAGCUGUUUAAGGCGUACCCCGUCUUUCGCGCAAGCGUUGAGUCGGCCGAUGCCUACCUGCGAGAGCUCGGUUGCCAGUGGUCGGCGAUCCAGGAGCUUGGCGAGACCGCAAAGAAUAAGUCCAAGAUAGCCAUCGCAGAGUACUCCCAGCCGCUUUGCACAAUUUUGCAGGUAGCUCUGGUCGAUCUCCUGAGGGAUUGGAACAUCCUCCCACACUCCGUCACGGGUCACUCGUCCGGUGAGAUCGCCGCAGCCUACUGCAUGGGUGCGCUGUCCCGCGAGUCAGCGUGGAAGACGGCAUACUUCCGAGGAACACUUGCAACCGCGCUGAAAGAAAUGGCACCCGAUAUCAAGGGCGCUAUGAUGGCGCUUGGGUUGGGGCCGGACGCAGCCGCGGACAUGAUUACGAGGGCCAAGGCAGACUGGCAAGUCAGCGUUGCCUGCGUCAACUCGCCGACCUCGGUGACCAUCUCGGGAGACGCUACCGGAGUCGAUAAGAUGCUGGCCACAGCGGAAGAGGAAGGCGCGUUUGCUCGUAAGCUGCAAGUCGAUACCGCCUAUCACUCGUUCCACAUGCAGAUGGUUUCACAGGACUACAUGGAGGCCAUCUACGAUCUGGAAGUCGAACCCACUGCUGCGGAAUCCAAGAUACGUAUGCACACCUCAGUCACUGGCACCGCGAUUGACGACCCGGAAGAUUUGGGUCCUGCGCACUGGGUGAAAAACCUGAUCAGCCCGGUGCAGUUCGCAUCGGCAAUCCAGAAUCUAGUGCGUCCCCUGGAGAGCAAGUCCAACGGACGCCCACGAGAAAACGCUGUGCACAUCCUGGUGGAGAUCGGCCCUCACAGCGCUUUGCGAGGACCCUCUCUCCAGAGCCUUAAAUCCAUUGGUGUGACCAAUGUGCCGUACUUCUCUGCCUUGACGAGGAACGAGGACGGAGUCGACAGCGCACUGAAUCUUGCUGGCACGCUGUUCAGCCACGGUGUCCCCGUCGACUUUGCCGCCGUCAACCAAGACAAGUCUGCGCGAAGGACGCCUCGGGCCCUAGUGCAUCUGCCCUCGUAUCAGUGGAACCACUCCCAGAAGUACUGGGCAGAAUCUCGCCUUGCACGGGAGUUUAGACUUCGCGAAUACGGCGCGAGAAGCCUGGUAGGAGCACCCUGCCCCGUGACGUCAACAGAAGAGCGUGUAUGGCGGGGGUUUUUGAGGCUCGAGGAGCAGCCCUGGGUGGCCGAUCAUAAGAUCAAUGGCUCGAUUCUGUAUCCUGGUGCUGGCUUCCUUGCUAUGGCGGUCGAGGGCGUGAGACAGCUGGCCUUCCACCGGAACCUCGACAAGCCGAGGAUUGUCAAGGGUUUCCGAUUCCGUGACGUGCGGCUCAUGGCGGCGAUGAUUCUGUCCUCGGAUAAGCAAGAGGUCGAGCAUACUCUGAGCCUGCAACCUCAGCCCGAGGACGGCUGGUACCGCUUCACAGUGGCCAGCUCUGGAGAUGGCCAAUCUCUUACAAGGAACUGUGCAGGUCUUGUCCUAGUCGAGUACGAGGAUGGGGAAAACCCCGACUUGUAUCGAAAACGCCCGCACGUCGUGCACCCGGCCUUCCUCGACGCCGUGUUCCACCUCUGCUUCGCCGCCCUCAUGGGUGAUGGCAACAAAAUGAAAAGUGCCAUGGUUCCUACCCAGAUUGACGAGAUUUGCUUGAGCAUGAGGCUUCCAAUCGACGUUGGAAAGCAGCUGAAGGGCUUCUGUCACGCCAAAAGAGCCGGCUUGAAGAAUCUCGAAGCCGAUAUGGCUGUCAUGGACGAGCAGGAGGCCAGACCUGUUUUGACCAUUCGAGGAUUCUGCUGUACUCAGGUUGACGGGAGCACUUCUGGAAAUUCGGACGCCGAGGUGACAGCGAUUACCAAGAAGUAUGCCAGCAGAGUGGUCUGGAGGCCUCAUCUGCAACUGCUUUCUGAUGACGACCUGGAGCAAUGGAUCCAGUCCAAAACCAAGACAGUCGAAGAGGUAUUGGCUGAAUACAUCAAGCUGCUGCACCACAUCAAUCCGGGCUUGUCCAUGCUAGAGUUCACCCCGACAGAGGUGCCUCACACGGUGAUCGGGUCACUCGUGGGGCUGGGCAUGGCUCCGCUGCUGAACACGGCCAAAUAUACCGUCUGCGCCUCUAGCAAUUCCAUAAUUGAUGGGAUGAAGGGCUCGCUGCGGUCUGUUUCAGCCGAACUGAAUGAUCUCGUCAACGUGGCUGUUCUGGACUUCUUUUCCGGUACGCCAACAGAGGCCGCCGAGUCCGCGACCCCCCGCGCGGCGGACUUGAUCAUAACAACGAAUUUGUCUACCAGAGAGAGAGAGGAUGCCCAGAAGGCCCUUGGAAAAUCAUUAACGCACAUGUCCAGCAAAGGCAGAAUGCUCCUAGUCGAGCAUGACUCUGGAAAUGUCUCCGCUUUGAGGGGAUUGGCCCGCGAAGCCGGUCUUGCCAUCGAAGCUGAGCUUGAAGCAGCUAGCGGAGUCGUUGUUGUUCUGAAGGCUCCCGAGGCGGCCGGAGAGCAACAUCAGAGUAAUGGCAUCAAGAUGACAGAAAAGCAAGUGACGCUCCUCGCCCACUCUUCUGCCUCCGAGUUGGCCGAUAUUUUCUUGGCGGCCCUCGGCGAGUCACUCUCGUCUGCUGGGUAUUCACUCUCAGUUGUGCGGUGGGACCCAGCCAUAGUAGAGUCACUUCAGGGCAAGGCGAUCAUCUCCUUGCUGGAGCUCGAGUCACCGUUUUGGCGAGACCUCGCCGAGGCUCCAGACGGUACAGGUGAAGCUGCCUUCGUAGCUGCACGAAGUGUGACGCUCUCGGCGCAAAGCGUCCUCUGGGUGACGGGAUUUGCAGAUCCGGCCGCCGAGAUGGUCACCGGCAUUGCACGAGUGAUGCGCAAUGAGGUGCCCGGCUUGAGCUUCCGCACUCUCAACAUUUACGACGCCCUGGACAUACGGGCUGCCCAGCUUGUGUCGAAAGCAUUCGACGAGCACGACUUGACACAACCGGACGACGCAGAGUUCAAACUUGAGGGAGGCGUUAUACAGGUCAACCGCGUUGUCACUGAUGAUGCUGCCAAUGACGAGUUGGACAAGCUCGUAAAUGCGGACAAAGCCGCAACAACUAGCCCCACGGAGAAAAUCAUGCUGGGCUCUCUGGAUCAACAUAGAUGCCUUCGUCUUGCCGUCGAAGCUGCGAGUGAUCACAAUUCACUCCACUUUGUAGAGGAACAGUCCGUUCCUGGAGACAACGUCAAGACAGAAGAGCUGGCAGAUGACGAAGUGGAAAUCUCCAUCAAGGCGUCGUGCGUGAGUGGCGCCGACUUAGCCACCGUCAAAGGCCAGAAUAGGUUUGAUCCCAAUGUCCUCGGCAUGGAGGCUUCCGGAGUCAUCACUCGAGUCGGCUCCAAUCGAAUUCAAAGCACGUUCAGGUUGGGCGAUAGGGUCAUGGUCCUGGCGCCCGGUGCGCACCGCACCCUCCUCAGAACGAAGGCUGAUUACGUCGGCAGAGUGCCCAGUGGCAUAUCUUACGAGGAGGCUGCCAGUAUCCCGCUCGCCUUGACCACAGCGUGGUACGCUCUAGUCUAUCUAGCCAGGUUGGGCAGCUCCAGAAAGAGGUCUGUUCUGAUAAACGAUGCAUCAAGCACAGUCGGCCAGCAAGCUCUGCGCAUCGCGCGACAUCUAAGCCUGGACGUCCUCGUCAUGGUGGAGUCGGCGUCGCAAGCUGACUCUGCUGUUCACACUCUAGGUGUGAAGCCCUCGAACAUUUUGACGCUGUCGUCAAUCAACGUGUUCAGCCUAGCGCACGCCAUCAAGCAGCUUUCCCCUGGGAGGCGAGGCAUUGAUGUAGUGGUCGACUGCUCUGGCAGGCUGGCGGGUGAGACCCUGCGACAAACCAUGAACGCCGUCGCCCCCUUCGGACACCUUGUCAGUUGUGUAGACGGCAACAACAACAGCAGCCAUGGUUCCUCUGCCGCCUCCGCUGCCGCCAUCGGAUGCUCAACUAAUAGCACGCACGUGAACACAACUGUGUCCUCGGUUGAUAUCACGGCCCUGCUUCAUAGCCGACCGGACCUGGUGGCCGACGUACUACAACAGGCCUUCCAGUUUCUUCAAGAAGUCAAGGAGCAUAUAGCGAGACCACUGCGAUCUUUCCCCGUCAGCAACGUCGCUGCCGCUUUCCGUGAAAUCGAAGAAGGUUCCGUAGAAAGCGCUAUCCUUACCUACUCCGCCAAGGACGUCGUCCCUGCAAAACUGUCCGUCAGACCAACCAAUGAUUCUACGAGUUCGUCCUACAGCGUAUCUCUCCACCCAGACGCCAUUUAUGUUCUGUCGGGCGGUCUUGGUGGCCUCGGCCGGUCCCUAUCAACCCUCCUGGUCAAUAAGCUCGGCGCACGCAAGCUCCUCUUCCUCUCACGGUCCGGCGCCACAGCCCCGUCCGCGCGCCAGCUUCUUGUCGACCUGGAGACCUCUGAAGCUCGCCCCGCCCUCGCUGCUUACGCAUGCGACGUUUCUGACCGCCUAUCUGUGGCAGACGCCGUGUCGAGAGCGGAGGCGGAGAUGGGCGGAAAGGUAAAGGGCGUCAUCCAAUGCGCCAUGGUCCUCCGAGACGUGUUGUGGUCCAACAUGUCGUAUAAGCAAUGGGUCGAGUCCACGCUGCCAAAGGUUCAGGGCACGGCGAACCUAUCGAGCGUGCUGCCAGACGUAGACUUUUUCAUCUCGUUAUCGUCUUUUGCCGGCAUCUUUGGCAACCGGGGACAAGCCAACUACGCGGCGGGCAACUGUUACCAAGAUGCGCUGGCGCGGCACCGUCGAGGGCCUUUGGGCCUGGGAUCUGGGCUCACCAUCGACGUCCCGAUAAUGCGAGGCAUCGGCGUCCUGGCGGAAUCCGGAGGGUUAGAGUCUCUGAGGGAGUGGGAGGAGCCGUACGGCAUCAGCGAGGCCGAGUUCCACCACGUCAUGAACUUGGCCAUCCGGCGAGACAUGGGGCUAGAGCGUGGCCAGACCGACAACCAACUGAUCCUUGGCAUCGCCACGGGCGCGUCAGCUCAAACAGCCGGGAUCCCGACGCCGUACUACUUGGAAAGCGAGGCCAAGUUCAGCAUCAUGCAGAAGACGGACAUGGCAUUCCUCAGGGGCUCUCAGGACAAGGCCUCAACUUCAUCUGGCGAAGCAGAAAACAAGCGGGAGUCGAUCCAGACCGUCCUCUCCCGGGCCGCGAACCUCGAGGAGGCUUCCGACGCCAUCACACAGAUGCUGGUGAAACGUGUCGCCAAGAUGCAGCGGGUGACGGUUGAGGAAGUCGACGCGAGCCGGUUCCUGCAUAGCUAUGGCGUGGACUCACUAGUGGCUAUUGAGAUUGCGAAUUGGGCACUGAGGGAGGUGAAGAGCAAAAUCAACGUGUUUGACGUCAUGGCUGGCGUUCCGAUCACAGCGCUGGCUGAGAAGAUUGCUGGGAAGAGUGAGCUAAUCCCGAAGGAAGUCAGAGAAGGCUAAGAAUGAGGCGAGGAGAUCACGGGGGCACACUACAAUGAUGUUUGCGUUCAUGGGCAGGGC